CGUUCCACCAAGUUUGGCCCAGCCGCUCGCCGUCCGGCGUUCCGCAGGUUGCCAUAGAAACCCGAGAGCGCUGGGCCCGCGAAAGCUGGGGCGUCCGCGACGCGGCGGGGACCGCGGCUCCCGGGAACCAGAGCGCCAUGUCUUUCCGCGACCUGCGCAAUUUCACAGAGAUGAUGAGGGCCCUAGGAUACCCACGACAUAUUUCUAUGGAGAAUUUUCGCACACCCAAUUUUGGACUUGUUUCUGAAGUGCUUCUCUGGCUUGUGAAAAGGUAUGAGCCUCAAACUGACAUCCCUUCAGACAUUGAUACUGAGCAAGACCGAGUUUUCUUCAUUAAGGCAAUUGCCCAGUUCAUGGCCACAAAGGCGCAUAUAAAACUCAAUACCAAGAAGCUCUACCAGGCAGAUGGGUAUGCGGUGAAAGAACUAUUGAAGAUCACAUCUGUGCUUUAUAAUGCUAUGAAGAGCAAAGGGAUGGAAGGCUCUAAAAUAGGAGAGGAAGACAUCAGCAAGUUCAAGUUUGAUCUAGGUUCCAAGAUCUCAGAUUUGAAAGCAGCCAGGCAGCUGGCUUCGGAAAUCACCGCCAAAGGAGCAUCUCUGUAUGACUUGUUGGGAAAGGAGGUCGAGUUGAGGGAACUGAGAACUGAAGCCAUUGCCAGGCCACUGGAAAUCAAUGAGACUGAGAAAGUGAUGAGAAUUGCAAUAAAAGAGGUUUUGGCACAGAUUCAGAAGACUAAGGACUUGCUCAAUAAUGUGGCAUCUGAUGAAGCUAACUUAGAAGCCAAAAUUGAAAAGAGAAAACUAGAACUGGAAAGAAAUCGGAAGCGACUACAGACCCUGCAGAGCGUCAGGCCUGCCUUUAUGGAUGAGUAUGAGAAGAUUGAGGAAGAAUUACAAAAGCAGUAUGACAUUUAUCUGGAGAAAUUUCGGAAUUUGGCUUACCUGGAACAGCAACUGGAGGACCACCAUAGGAUGGAGCAAGAGAGGUUUGAAGAGGCUGAAAAUACUCUCCGCUUGAUGCAGAACAAGCUAAAGGAAGAGGAAAAGCGGCUUCUCAAGAGUGGAAGUAACGAUGACUCAGACAUAGACAUCCAGGAGGAUGAUGAGUCUGACAGUGAGUUGGAGGAAAGACGGCUGUCCAAGCCAAGGACCGCCAUGGAGGUGCUCAUGCAAGGAAGACCCAGCAAGCGCAUUGUGGGCACAAUGCAAGGUGGAGACUCGGAUGAUGAUGAAGAUUCGGAGGACAGUGAAAUUGACAUGGAAGAUGAUGAAGAAGACGAUGAUGACUUAGAAGAUGAGAGCAUUGCUCUCUCACCAACUAAGCCCAAUCGAAGAGUCCGGAAACCCGAGCCCCUGGAUGAAAGUGAUAAUGACUUCUGACUUGCCAAGGGACCCAGGCAGAUUGAGAGCCUCAAACUUGUAGAUAAAUGGUAAGCCAGAAGGCUGGGAAGGUAACAGGUACUGUGUUUGCUACACCAUUGGUGUGCAAGAAGAUUUCUUUCUGCUUUACCUUCCUGUUUGUACUCUGAAGCAUAAAUGAGAACUGAAGCAAACCACAAAGAUGAUUUCCUUUUGCCUUCUUUUUCUCUUAAUACUUGGGAAAUGCAUGGGUGUUAAGUGACUUAAAUCCACGGGACAAAAGCUUAAAGUGAAAUAUGGGAAGACACAACCUAAGUUUGGUGGCUUUUCCUCUAAGAGCCUGACAGACCUGGGGCUGGGACUUUGCACAGGACUUGUUUUAGGAAUUGUUAGGUAACAUCUAACUGUUAAUCACUCACUUGCACAGUUUGGAACAUGGACUGUACAUGGGCUUUUAAUUGUGCUUUUAUUCUAUUUUAUAAUCUUUUCUGCAUGCUCACAAUACCAAGCAUUAUAUGAACCUUAACUAAAAUUUUCUGAGACAUUCAUUAAGUUUAAUAUCCUUGACUAUCAGGCAACAGAGACCUUCCAGAUUCCAGUAAGCCUGACAAUCAGAAUAUGGUAUUUGAUUCUCUUCUUCUGAAAUUCCACUAAAAUGAGAGGGAGGG